UUUUUUCUUUUUUCUUUUUAUUUCCUUCUUUUUUUUGCGUAUGGCGGUAAAAGUUUUUUUUUUUAUGUCGGUAAAAUUUAGUUACGGUAUUUUUCUAUAUAUUUAUAAGAGUGGGCAAGGGUGAAAGUUAGAAGUCCCUAAUUUAUAUCACAAGCUUGUUCGUUAAUAACCCUAAUUCUCUAUGUGUAUGACUAUGAUGUCCGAUAUCUCGCAGGAUUUGUUAGAGGAGAUUCUCUCUAGGGUUCCAAUAACAUCUCUGAGAGCAGUGAAAUCUACUUGCAAACGAUGGAAGGAUUUAUUGAAUGAUCCGAGCUUUUCAAAGAAGUAUGGUGGUAAACGAGACAACGAGUUUCUGGCGAUCAUGACGAGUGGUAGUAGGGCUUCUUUAAUGAGCGUAAAUCUCCAUGGACCUCGUGACAAUAAAGACUUGGAAGAUCCUUUUAUAAAGCAAAUAGGUGAACUUAAUCAAGACCAGAUAUUUAAAGUGUUUCAUUGUGAUGGUUUAUUGUUAUGCAUCACCAAUGAGGAUAAUACUAGGCUCGUGGUAUGGAACCCGUAUUUGGCACAAACCAGGUGCAUCCAACCCAUCGACAAAUUCUACAUAUAUGAUUGGUAUUGUUUGGGCUACGACAAGGACAAAAACCACAAAAUUUUAGUGGUUUAUUCCCCUAUGUUUGGCCGCAUUGAGUAUGAAAUCUACAGUUUUUUGUCUAAAUCAUGGAUAGUUCUUAGUUUCCCUACCGAUUGGCAGAUAUCGCGUGAUGAAUGUCUGUCUCUGAAAGGAAAUACUUACUUUAUUGCUUAUAAAAAAAUGGAAGUGGAAGAAGUAGGGUUUCAAGAAUUUUUACUCUGUUUUGAUUUUACAAAUGAGAGAUUUGGACCGCUUCUCCCUCUUCCAUUCCAAUGUUAUAAUCAAACUUCUCUAGUUCUAUCUACUGUUCAAGAAGAGCAGCUUGCAGUGUUAUGUAAGAGGUGUGAUGCAUAUGAGACGAAGAUAUGGAUUACAACAAAGAUUGAGCCCAAUGCAGUGUCGUGGAGCUACUUCUUAAAAUUUGAUUUCAAGGUUGAUAUAUCUGGUGGCAGUUUCUUCGUUGACGUGGAAGAGAAAGUAGCAGUGCUUUUUUGUAUAAACAGAGAAAAAGAAAAAGGCAUCAACAACAAGACAUACAUGAUUGGAGAGGAUGGAUACUACAAAGAAGUGGAUCUCGGAGAAUCUAACUGGUGUCCAUCUAUGUGCUCUUAUGUUCCAAGUUGUGUGCAAGUCUGA